AUGGUGAUGAGCCUCGUUUCCACCGGCGGCCACUCCCUAGCUUCGGGGCCGCUCCUUAACUUCAGGACGACGCCACCGCCGCGCCGGCGACCUUCGCUGCCUUAUCUGAAGACCCCGCGCGCCGCCAUCGUGGAAUCGAGGCCGGUCAGAGUAGCACCUGCGACAAGGGAUAACGGUAACGGCGGGCUGGUCCUCGUUUCAGCCGGAGCCGCCGGAGGAGGAGGAGGAGGAGGAGGAGGUAGUCGAGCUGAGGAUAUGCAGGCGGAAGCUAGGGCGAUGGCUCGUGCAGUUGAUGCUAGGGCAGAAGCUAACGUUUAUGCCUAUCGGCGGCCGCACGGAGUUCGCUGGCGAUUCGCCUCAGAUCUAGUGGCGGGAAAUUGA